UUCACACGAUCAGGGGCUAUCAGGUUCACACGAUCAGGGGCUAUCUGGAUCACACGAUCAGGGGCUAUCUGGUUCACAUUAUCAGGGGCUAUCUGGUUCACGCAAUCAGGGUUUAUCUGGUUCACACGAUCGGGGACUAUCUGGUUCAGGCAAUCAGGGUCUAUCUGGUUCACGCAAUCGGGGGCUAUCUGGUUCAGGCAAUCAGGGUCUAUCUGGCUCACACAAUCAGGGUUUAUCUGAUUCACACAAUCAGGGGCUAUCUGGUUCACACGAUCAGGGGCUAUCUGGAUCACACGAUCAGGGGCUUUCUGGUUCACGCAAUCAGGGUUUAUCUGGUUCACACGAUCAGGGGCUGUCUGGUUCACACGAUCAGGGGCUAUCUGGUUCAUACAAUAAGGGGCUAUCUGGUUCACACGGUCUUGGACAUUGUCAACAUGAUCAGUAGAUGUCUGUUCCAA